AUGUUGGAGAUGGUCAGCGGCCCGAUGGUCUUGUGGAAGCUAGACAUUGAGGAGUCGCUGGACGUCGUUGGCUCCUGGGGAGCUUCGCCGCGUCUUACCGUCAUUUCCGAAGUCGACGCUGGAGGCGUCGUCGAACCGAAGGCCCACGACGCUGAACCUCAAGCCCGUGUCAAUGACCGUGUCAGUGACCGUGUAUGCGCCCGUGGCAUUCGGCUUCUCCUGGCGGAGGAUGCCGCUUUGGGCCUGGCCGGACUUGUCCUGGACGUAGAGGAAGUAGAGAUCGUCGAAAGGUUGGGUGAAGUUCUCGACAACUGGAAUCUUCGGAAUGUCGAGGGGUCCAGACAUUGCGGCGCGGAACACUCGCUUCGGUCCCUUCCAGCCAGCCGUGUUGUACUGGAUGAAUGUCAUGCUAAACUUGUCAAGAAUUAUGUCCGUCUUGAAGACAAUAUAGUCGACUUCGACGCCGUUGAUGAGCAGCUUCUCCUUCCAGAUCUCGAGAGAAAUGCCGGUAUUCUGACCCAGCAGGUUGAUGUUGCCAAUAAAGGAUGGGAGUACCACGUCCGACGUCAAGUAGCCGAGGACGGAACCAACGGUUUCCGUCGUGUCCGGCGCAAGGAGGUGUGCCUUGAAGGUCCAGUGGUCGGUCCAGUGUUCGAAAGUCAAGUCGAAUUCCAUUACGCCCAUGAGAAGAAUCCCCUCAAAGACAAAAUGACUCCCAUUUCCCGCGGAGUCGUAAUCAUCCAUCACGCCGUUUUGGGAGUCGGCCUCGAAAAAGGAAACAAUGUUCCCAAGCUUCAGCUGAUCGAGUUGGCCGCGUCCCGGGCGUAUAUGCAAAUACUGAAGUUCAGGUUCAGGGUGAAGCUAGUGGAGCUGGAACUGGUUGAGCCGGUUGAGCUGGCCGACCGAUCGAGAACAAAUCUCAGGUCGAGUCCAAAAGACUCCAAACUAAUCUGGGGCAAGGUGGAGCCGGAUGACUGCGCCAAUGAGUUCCCGGAAGUAUUUGAUCCCAUGGCAGCGUAG